AUGGGAGACCCUUCCUCCCCAUCUCAGCUUGAACAAGCAGGCCUGAAAGAUAUCGAUGCAGCUGCUAUUCAACUGAAGUACAAUCAAGAACGCGAAAAGCGGCUUCGCCCUGAUGGACUUGCUCAGUUCAUCGACCUCCAUGCCCUCCCAAAGUUCCGGCAUUUCAAAGCAGACCUGUGGAUUGAAGAAGAUGCCCGUCCACUCGGCCCUACCCCGCCACAGGAUGGCUCGCGCUGCGAGAUCUUGAUCAUCGGCGCCGGAUGGAGCGGCCUGGUCUUUGCGGUGCGACUCCUUCAGGCCGGGUUCAAACUCGAAGAUAUUCGCAUUGUGGAUUACGCUGGUGGCUUUGGUGGUACCUGGUACUGGAAUCGCUACCCAGGAUUGUUUUGCGACAUCGAGAGCUACAUCUAUAUGCCUCUGCUCGAAGAGACCGGUUACAUGCCGACACAGAAGUACGCCAGCGGCGAGGAACUAAGAGGGCACGCCGAGAGAAUUGCCAGGAAGUGGAAGCUCGACGAAAAUGCAUGGCUCCGGCAGCGUGUCACGUCCCUUGAAUGGGAUGAUAACGCCAAGGAGUGGUCGACCCGCCUCGUGCCUCAGCUGGAGCCUGGCAAGGAAGGCAAUCCGAUCACUGUUCAUUCGCGAUUUGUAGUCCUUGCCACAGGGUUGACCUUUUUCCCACAUAUCCCUCAGGUCCCCGGAAUCGAGAAGUUCAAAGGUGCUUGCUUCCACACCGCGCGUUGGGAUUACCACAGCACUGGAGGAACGUCCACUAAACCCGAGAUGCUUAAGCUGAGGGACAAGAGAGUUGGCGUCAUUGGCACCGGCGCUACAGCAAUGCAGGUGGUGCCAUCCCUAGUACAAUGGUCCAAAGAGCUUUACGUGUUCCAACGAACACCUUCGUCCGUGGAUCGAAGAGACAACCGACCUACUGAUCCAGAGUGGGCUCGCACAAUUAACUCAAAGCCAGGCUGGCAGAAAGAGCGGAUAGAGAACUUUCAUCGCUUCGUGACCAACGCCCCGGAAAAACCGCCCGUUGAUAUGGUCAGCGAUGGAUGGACACGAAUGCCUUCGUACAGUGCCUUGACGGGCACCACUGGCUUGAACUGCCGAACCCCAGAAGAGGCCCAGAAACAUAUUGAGGAGCUCCAUGCCCUUGACCUGCCUCGGCAGGAGGGCAUCCGCAAACGAGUCGAUGAGAUAGUGACCGAUCCUAGCACGGCGGAGAAGCUAAAGCCCUGGUAUCCAGGCUGGUGCAAACGACCUUGUUUCCACGAUGAGUAUCUCCAGUCCUUUAACGAGCAACAUGUGAAGCUUGUCGAUACCAAUGGUCUUGGUAUCAAGGAGAUCACCGAGGACGGGGUUCUGGUUGGCGAUAAAGAGUACAAGAUCGAUACUCUGAUCCUCAGCACCGGGUACAGAAGCCUCUUCUUAUUGAGCCCGGGUGGCCGAGUGGAUAUUGACAUCAAGGGCCGUAACGGACUCUCGCUCGACAAAAAGUGGACAGAGGGCGUCGCCACGCUACAUGGAAUGAUGAGCCACGGAUUUCCCAAUCUCUUCUGGCCUGGUCUCAUCCAGGCUGGAGGUAGCCCCAACUUCAGCUUCUCUGUUGAUCUCUCUGCGACCCACAUCUCCGAGAUCCUGUCUUACGCCUCGGCAACGAAGAGGGUGAAUGGGGAGGACAGAUACAAUCCCGACAAGUAUAAAAAUCAUUUCACCAUUGAACCAACACUUGAGGCCGAGGAGGAAUGGUCCCAACUUAUUGCUUCACAGGCUGGAGCCUUCGCGGCAGUGGCCGGUUGUACGCCAAACUACUUCAAUGCAGAGGGAGAACUGGCUCGCCCCGCCUCUCCAAAGGAACAGGCAAAGAGAGCCCGAUUAUCAUUAUGGGCCAAGGGACCAGAAGACUUCGCAAGGAUUGUGACGGAGUGGAGAGCAUCCAAGGAUUUCAAAGGUCUUGAAAUUGCAUCCACCAAUUGA